UAAAGCGCUGCGGUUGCUGUGCAUUAUGGGUAUGAGCUUCUCCCCACGUGUCCCGCAGCCAGUCACACUUUACAGAAUCCAGUAGACUUCAGCUGUGCCUCAGUUUACACCGGAUGAUCAAUUGCCCUCUGAAAUAAACUGUACGGUGGGUGAGGCGUGCAGGUUGAUUUCUGAGACAUUUUGCCUCCCCCUGCCUAAUUCAAUAUGGCCACUGGGGACGAUGAUGACCCUAUUAUAGAAGAGAUUGAUGUGUACCUUGCAAAAAGCCUUGCAGAUAAGUUAUAUCUUUUCCAGUAUCCUGUCCGACCAGCCACUAUGACCUAUGAUGAUGUCAGCUACUUAUCUGCAAAGAUCAAACCCAAGCAACAAAGGGUGGAGUUGGAAGUAGCCGUGGAUACUAUGAGUCCUAAUUACUGUCGUAGUAAAGGGGAGCAGAUAGCGCUGAAUGUGGACGGCACCACGUGCGACGAAACCAACACCUAUUCAGUGAAAAUGAUGGACAAGCAAACUUUCUCCUCUAUCCAGGCGACCACUAAUACUUCCAGAUAUGCUGCUGCUGUGUUUCGCAAAGGUGAGCUUCAUGUCACACCUUUAACGGGAAUCCUUCAGCUGAGACCCAGCUUCUCUUACUUGGACAAAGCUGACAACAAAACCAGAGAGAAGGAGGCAGCCAAUGAAGGUGGCGACUCUUCCCAAGAUGAGGCUGAAGAGGAAGUCAAAGCUAUUACGGUACGGUUUGCUCGUCCAGAGUCGGAGCAGGCCCGACAGCGGAGGUUCCAGUCGUACGAGUUUCUCCAGAAGAAGCAGGCAGAGGAGCCUUGGAUUCACCUGCAGUACCAUAGUAUAAAGGAUGGGCGCUCAGAGCAUGAAAAGCAGUACCUAUUCUGCCAAUCGGUUGAUGCCUCGGAGAAUUGUGAACUGGUCAAAACUCCUAAGUAUGAUGAAGUUAAUCAAACCAGGUUUUCCUUGUGUCUCUGUCAGCUACCUCCAGAGGAUGUGAAGGAGUUCCUGGAGCAUGUGGCAGUACCUCGUGUCAACCGGGGCUGGGAGUUCCUGUUGCCCACUGACGCAGACUUCAUUAAGAAACACCCAGAUGUUGCUCAUAGGCAAAACAUGCUGUGGCUUGGCAUCCAGGGCAAGUUGGAAAAGGUGUUUAACUUCUCUAAAGAAGACUUCAUACCAAAGAACGUCCCUCAGCCUGAACCUGUUCAUAUCAGCGGGGAGCAGCGCCUGAAGAUGGCUCAAGAACGUGCACAAGCAAAUCAACCGUCCCUUCACAAGGACCUGGAGGCCAAAAGAAAUGCUGCCCUGGUAGCGAGUGUCGUCCAUGUCAAGCAGGAACCCAUCAAUGACUGGGAAGAUGCACCAAUGGACACCUCAUCUCCGUCUUCCUCCUCCAUCCCUAAUGGUUCUGUUAACGGUUACCCCAGUUCCACCUCCCCUGUCUGCAAAAGCUCUGCUUCCCCAGAGCUGCAUGACUUUGUAUUGCAGACUUUCAGGAAGCAUUUUGUACUGACUCUAAAUGAGUUGAAGAGGCUGUUUCACCUCCACCUGGCUUCCAUUCCAGCUGGACAGAGCCCUCUGCAUUCCAUGUCGGACCACAUGCUACAGGAAAUGGUGCUGCUCAGCCAGUGUAAACAGAUAUUGGUGCCUUUUCCUGCUCAGAGCACGGCCACCUCUGAUGAACAGAAGGUGUUUGGACUUUGGGAGACUGGAGACACGCUUGACACGCACCGUCAGCUGCUGUACGAUUUGUUCACUAAGAACUACCGACUCAGGAGGAGCGCGAUACAAACCCGACUGACAACUGAGUUUGGAGAAGUCUCUAAAGCAGAAAUCGACCGGCUCCUCAAGGAGUGCUGUUGCAGUCAGGGAGGGAUGUGGUAUCUCAAAGGAACCAUCCAGUCCUGACCCCGAGGCCCUGCCCCCCCUGUGGUCAGUCAGCCAGUCAGAUCUUCUGCCAGGUGUCCAGUGGGAGGGCAGUCUGAGAUGAGAGCCAAUCACAGCAGGCCCAGCUGUGGGAGCGGGGAUUUAGACGAAGAGGUCGUCGGCCCCGUGCUGUUCUCUGAACAUGAAGUCUUUCUGAACAUAUGAACGCUCCGAGUUGAGCUGGAGUGAUGCAUUUCAGAGGGAAAAAACAAGAGUUUGAAGAAAUGGUUUAUAAAUAUAAUUUUUUAAUGUUUAAUUUUGAAGUUAAACUAAAAUUAGACCUAACAUUGCUUAAUAUUAAAAGUGAGCAUCACUGUAAUUAUUUUGAAUUUUCUCCUGACUUACCACUUUCAACAAAGGACGAUGUACUCGUGUGAACAUAUCAAACGUUUAAGUUGUAUGUAGAAAACCUUCCCACUCAGUCCAUUAACUACACUUGUUUUAAGGUGUGAUUGGGUUAAACAAACUAAAAAAUAUAUAUAUAUUACUUUUAUAAAGGGAGAGAAAGAUCUUUUCUGCUGGAUUGUCUAUCUUUUAAUGGCCAUUGAUGUAAGAAGAGACCACAGCAGCUGCUGCAUCAGUCACAUCUGUGCCCUUGAUCAGUCUCACAACUAACACUAUAUAACAGAGAAGUGGAUUGAAGUGAUUUUUGGUGGUUUCUCUCUGAGGAUUUACUGACCAAUUUGAUGAUCAGUAGAUGAAAUUUGGCCACGAAAGUUUUUGGAUCCUUCCCCCCAAAUAUGGAGCAGUUCAGAUCAGUCACAUUUGUACGUGAAGUGGAACGGACUCUGCUGGUGGGCUGGAUCAUGACCUGGUAUUAACACUUGACUGUUGCCUGGAUGACUUGGAAGUUGUUGAGGAUCUGCCAGUGCUUUUGCUGCUAUCAGGUCUCCGUUUGAAGUGCCUCUGCCUCCCAACGACUGGUGGGGGGGAAAAAAGUCUCUCCGUUGAUUUAAGGAGCUGCACUUGUUAAGACUGUCACCACUGGAAAUAGAGUAAAACCUUCAACUAACUUUUGCUCAAUAAAGGUUAAAUUCUGUUUUUGA